AUGUCCGACUCGGCCUCCUCCGCCGACAAUGGAGGCUUCCCCGAUCGCGGGCCGGCCGUCUUCGCCGUCACCACCGCGACCCUCGUCCUCGCCACCGUCUUUGUCGCUGCCCGCAUGGUCUCGCGCACCUUUAUCGUGCGCAACAUCACCUGGGAUGACCGCGUCAUGAUGCUCGCAUGGCUCUUUGCCUUUUUCCUGUCCUUCACCAUCUGCUUUGGAGUUCACAAUGGCCUCGGAAGGCACGACGUCAACAUCGACGAGAGCCGGAGGCCCGCUCUCCGCCGCUGCGAAUACGUCUUUUCCAUCCUGUACAAUCCCGCCUUGAUGGCCACCAAGACGUCCAUCCUGAUAUUCUACCUGCGGCUGGCCAAACACACGCAGAGGGUCCUACGCUUUGCAUCUUGGCUUACCCUCGCCAUUGUUAAUCUUGCUGGCAUCAUCCUCACCUUGAUGAACGUCUUCCAAUGCCGUCCAACUGCCGCCGCUUGGGAUCCCGCCUAUGACGACCGCUCCAAGUGUAUACCGCUGCUCACCGAAUUCAUCUGCUCCUCCCCGGUUAAUAUAGUAACCGAUCUGGCUAUCCUCGCCCUGCCUAUACCUGUUCUCACCGGCAUGCGCUUGCCCUCGCGCCAGAAGACGAUUCUCGUUCUCACUUUCACCGUUGGUAUCUUUGUCACGGUUGUCGAUGUGAUACGAAUCUACUACCUCCAGCAAGCCAUCACCAAGGUCCCCACCGGCGCCAGCGGUGACCCUCAGUCGAGAUUCGGCGGUCAGACCGACUUUGCCUGGAAUGCUUCACUAUCACUCAUGUGGAGUGCUGUCGAGGUCAAUGUUGGAAUGACUUGCGCCUGUGUCCCAACAUUGAAGCCCCUUGUUCUCAAGCUGCUCCCCUCUAUGCUGUACGAUCCCAAUGGAAGCAGGAGCAGUCUAUCCAAGGGCCCUAAUGAUUCGGACACGCCUUCAACGGGCCAUCGCGCCAGCGUGCAGCCUCCGCCGCCAGUGGCGCGUCCCGGCGUCCAAUCCCCUCUACCGGCAGACGCCCCCAUGAGCGCCAUGGAGUUCUUGACGACGCCAUUCGAUGAACCAACGGUGACUGCUCCUCCACUAGGCAAUUCCCCUCAGCAAGGGACGACUACCUUUCAGACUUCGACCACCUUGACUUCUUCGACUGGAACUGGAGAAGGCGUCUACUUUGGCUUUGUCAACAUGGCUAGACCCAAGAGUAUGCUCAAGUGCAACAAGAAAGAGUCUUUCAAGUACUGCACCAUUGUCUCCAUCCUAUUUUUACUCUGGGGCAUCUCAUAUGGCCUCUUGAACACGCUCAACAAUGUCAUUGCGUCCGUCAACAAUAUGACCACCGCUGAGACGCUGGGUAUGACCUCGGUAUACUUUGGAGGUGGCUACUUCUUUGGCCCUCUACUCGUGGGUGAAUGGAUUCUUCGAAGAGACGAGCAUAACCGAUCGAGGCGUCACAAGCGCAACGGCCAUGACAGCGUCGGCGGGUUCAAGGUGACAUUUAUCGUUGGCCUCUGCUUCUAUGGCAUUGGAACCAUCAUCUUCUGGCCCUCUGCUGUCACUCAAUCUUACCCAGGCUUCAUGCUUAGCAACUUUGUUGUUGGCUUUGGGCUUUCCGUCUUGGAGGUUGGAGCAAACGCCUUCUUGAUACUGUGUGGUCCCCCUGAAUAUGGCGAGACGCGUGUCCUUCUUGCUCAAGGAAUUCAGGGCAUUGGCAGCGUCCUAAGUGGCCUCCUUGCCCAGAAGGUCUUUUUCAAGGGAAUUGCUGAGCAGGACAACACGACCAGCAUGUCUCUCAUCAACGUCCAGUGGACUUAUCUUGGCAUUACAUUGCUCUGCGUUGCCCUGGGGCUGUUCUUCUACUACAUGCCUCUUCCAGAAGUCAGCGACCGUGAACUAGAAGAGUCGGCCAAGCACCUCCCCACGGACCCUCAGAGGAAGACGUGCGGCUUUCAACUGCGCACUUGGAGCGUCAUUUUGGCCUUCAUCGCUCAGUACACUUACGUCGCCGCUCAGGAGUGCAACAGCAUCUACUUCAAGAGCCUCAUGAUAUCCAUCCUCCCCGACCACGCCGACACGGGUGAAGAAGCGACCAAUGGCGCCAGCGAGACAGCCAACCCCGAUAAGCCUCACGGCAUCGCUCUCUCUAUACCCGACUACCUCCUCAUUGCUCAUACUGCCUUUGCCGUCUCGAGAUUCAUGGCGGCCGGCUUCACCUACCUCUCCGUCUUCCACGCCCGACUCCCUCAACCUCGCACAGUCCUCACCACGUGCAUCGCCAUGUGCUUCCUCUUCGCUCUCCUCCCUGUGGUUGUCCGUCCUCCCAACCCGAACCUCCUCGUCAUCCCCAUCGUCCUCUUCUUCUUCUUCGAGGGCCCCAUCUAUCCCCUCAUCUUUGCCGUUGGCCUUCGUGGCCAAGGUAGACGCACAAAGCGCGCUGCUGCCUUCAUCACCAUGGGCGGAUCUGGCCCUGCCUUCUUCCCCUUUGUCAUGUACGGCAUCAUCAAGCAUGGCGGCACCGUCAAGAUUGCCUUUUCGGUCGUCAUCGCUUUGCAAGCUGUCAUGAUGGCUUACCCGAUCUUUCUCGAGUUCGCCCCUGAUGCCAAGAAGCUGGUCGACCCUUGUCCAGCUGUACGCGAUGCCCUCAGCCGACCAGACGAAGAAGCACCGUCUCCUUGGGAGACGAUCAUUGUCGAGCGGAUGCGCCGGCAGACCUCGAUGAAGGAGAAGUCCCAGGGCUUUCUCGACAUGGUGUCUAAAGGCACCAGGGGUAUCGGCGCCAAGUUCCUCGGAUCACGGCGUCGCUCAUCACAGCCCUCUGUGCAGCAUAAUGAGGACAAUAAUGGUGUUAUAUCACGACCAAACUAA